CAUUACGUAAUAACUUGAAUUUUUGUCUCAAAGUUCUUGUCAGUAUUAACAAGAGGAUUGUGGUCCAAAGUGGAAUGUUUGAAAAGAAGAAAUAUGUUUUCCAGGACUGCAUUACUGCACACUGUUUCUUUUGAAGAUGAUUGCUGAUUUUUUAUUUCUGUUAAUCUUUGCUUUCAGGAUCCAAGAAUCGUGCGCCAUUCCUGCUGGUAAAGUUUUAACAGAUUUCUAUGGCACCAGCUUUGUCUUUCCUGUUCCUUUGUGUGAGAACAAAGAAUCCAUCCACAUUGUCAUUUCACCUCGUGCAAUCCAAUUAACGACAGUCUCGAUCUUUGGAAAGUCGCUUGCUCGUUUCGCCGAACUCAACUAUGGAAAUACGAAGACGGUUUCCAUUCCUUGUACAUCGGAGGAACAGCCCGCACCUUUCGUUCGGAUUCCUGAGGGUUGCAUACAAGUAAAGUCCAGCAAUGAAGUUGGAGUCCACGUCCUGUAUAGACAGGAUUCGUACCGAGUAACACCCGUGGACCUACUUGCAAAAGUUUACUACCCUACUAUCUUCAGGGGUGCCAGAAUGUCCGAGCCUGAAACUGUACAUUUUCUGUCAAUUGGCGCGGCAUACAACAACACCACUUUACAAAUUAUCAAAAGUAAAGCUACGCAAAACACUGUCUUGGAAUUGAAGGGCUUCGAUCAGGUGGUGUACUACACAGAAGAGAGCUCCACUCUUACGGUGACAUCGUCGAUGCCGGUCAUUCUGUUGGUGGGGUCGUUCGUGAAUGACUCUAAGAAACCAACCGCUGGACUGAUUUUAGAACAGGAUACACCACCCAUGCACUGGGGAAGGUUCUAUGUCCUUCCUCUCAUACAGCCUAUGGCAAAUGUGUGCAUUGGCCUGAAAGCUAUGGAGAACGCUGUGAAGGUUGAGAUUGAGACAAAGGAUGGCGCGAUAACACAAAAGCUGUUGUCUAAUGACGUAAGGGAAGAGGUUUGUCUCCCCAACAUGAAUGGAUAUCUUACCGUGUCUGCAAGUCGACCAAUGUUACCGCUAUUCGUCUUGAACAGUCUGGACAAAGGGAAGAUUGCCAUUCUGCACACGGUGCCACCGAUAGAGCGCUACCUUCCCACGCCAUGCAAGAUCAGUAUGUGCUACCGGGAUUCUGCCAUGAUUAUAGUAGCAGGCUUGAAGUCGAAGAGGCUGGACAUGACUCCGUACAGAGAUUUUAAAGAUCACUAUUCGACAGACAUCCUCAACUCUUUUCUCUGGGUCCAUGUCGUGAACAAAGCAACACUCAGUAGUUUUAGCAGCGUGGCUGCUACUGUCAAGACACCGUUGCCGCCUCAACCGCUGUGGUUUUUUGAGAUGAACCUUCUGAAACGAGAAAACCAAUUGUGGAUUGUGAACAGCCCAUCAGCGAUCACAAAGAAUAAAAAUGACUUGAGUUGCAACACUUCGAGCACAUCCGCUGGUGACCAGAUUGAUAAUGACUGUGAUGGGCUUAUAGAUGAAGAAAAAGCCAACAAUAAGGAUGAUGACAACGACAAUUUGAUAGAUGAAGACCUGGAAAACAUUGAAGCGGCAAAUGCGAGCAUUUUCAUGUGCCAGGUUUAUUCUGCCCCGUCACCUUCUCGGAAAAUAUCAGUGCUUCACAUAAUUUUUCAAGAUGGCUUUAACCCGCAAAAGGAGGAUCUCAGAGAUUUAGUAUUUAUUAUCUCUAUGUCGACGGCUUUCAUAGGCGUCAUCGUCUUCAUCGGCGUUUGCUUCUUGUUGGAUUAUCUAGAGAUGAAGGGUAUAAUAAAGAAACAUCGAUAAAGAUAUUGACGGCGACGAUGACGUCCCUGCAGCACACGGCACUGCUCUCCCCCUCAGUCUUGUGCCCAUGACGACACAGGACACAGACCCACAUGCUUGUCUUAGCCUCACUGUCAUCACUUCAGGACUGGCCCCCAUGUAAGAAGAUAUCGUUGCUCGAGGAUUUUUAGCAGAACAGAUAGUUUACAUACACCUCAGGGUGGCGACAGCUGUAACAUCAUAAUUCACUUUCCAUAGCUGUCUCUUUAUUGUUGCUGUAUUAUGUAUUAUUAUGUUGUUGUGGCAAACAUUUAUACUACCUAUAAAAACUUGUAAUUAAAAAAUUUUAAUGUCAACAAACAGUUUACUAACCCUGGAGUAAAACAGUCAAUAAGAUCUUCAUCCUGUGUAAAUACACACCCAAGUUUCUUUGUUCCCCUUUUCUUGAUUACAUCAAUAUAAAUGCCUGACUUGCUAGUAAAUAAUUUUGUAUGAAAUGUUUGAAAAGUUUGAUGAUUAUUUUUUACAGCCUCACUGGUCUGAAAUGAACCCUUAGUGUUACUUUGCAUACCAUGCAUUUACUAAAUACUAAGGGCUGGACUUUCUGCUAGCCAGUCCAUACGCGAUUUUUUACUUUCUCUUCUUAUAAGUGUUAAGGAAUAUUUCUCAACAGUGCAUUCAUCUGGAUGAUACAAUGUAGGGCAUGAAAUGGAAACAAAUGACAAAGAAGAGACUGCGGACAUGUUUCCAAGUUCUGUUGGGAGCAAAAUUUCAGUCAUCACAGAACUACUGAUUGAUGCUUACAUUCAACCCCUGGGAGUAGGUGUACAAGUGCUGAAACCUGUCGGCACCAAAAGGAACUUUGUCUUAUUCCAGAAAUCCACUGUAGCCGUUUGUUUUAGGUAAACCAAAUCUCAGCUUGGGCUAUGUGGUAUUUGUUUAGUAUAUACUGUUGUUUGACGUGUGCAUGACUUCUUAAAUAAUCAAAAGCUUCUAUAACUAUAGAAGGUUCAAGACACUAUUGUAAACCUUUCUGUAUGCAAAACGUACAAAAUAUUAAAAAGAUUUCAUCACU